AUGGCCCAGAAACGAAAGGCCAUUUCAGAAACCCAGCGACCGCCCAAGCGACUACAACAAUCGGCUCCAUCAGACAGCUCUGAUGUAUUUGAUAAUGGCAAUCUAUCAGACUCCGAAUCUCAAUCUUCCUACUGCCUAAGUCACGGCGACCAGCAGGCAACACCCAUCACACCUUACUCUCCUGCCUCCUCCAGAUACCCGUCAGAUCGCAAAACUCAUCUUUGCCCGUACGAUGGAUGCCUUAAAGCUUUCAACCGGCCUGCACGACUUACAGAACACCUAAGAUCGCACACAAAUGAGCGAAUAUUUAAUUGCACGUAUGACGGUUGCGAGAAGACCUUUCUACGAGCUUCCCAUCUGAACCACCAUGUGAAGAGCGCGCAUACCGCCAUCCGAGACUAUGUCUGCGAUAGAGAAGGAUGCGGCAAGACAUUUGUUACGGGAUCACGGCUACGAAGACAUCUAGCUGCGCAUGAAGGAAGGGAUAAAUACAGGUGUACAGAAUAUCCUCCUUGCAACGAGACAUUCCGCAAACACUCGACCCUCCAAAAACAUAUCUUGACCGCCCAUCUGAAUAAGAAACCUUUUCCCUGCCCGCAUCUUGAUCCAGUCACUGGUCAACAAUGUACACAGGCGUUCGACACAGCAGGGCAUCUGCGUUCUCAUGAGGGCAGACUUCACGGCGGUGCUCGGUUCGCCUGCACAGAAUGUGCCUCUAACGCAACUGACGAACAAAACUCGACAACAACGAACGGGGUUACCAACCCACAUCCAAACGCCGUCUUCCAAACUUAUGCUUUACUCCAAGCACACAUGAAAUCCGUCCACCCACCCACCUGUCCAGAAUGCGACAUGACAUGCUCAUCCAAUCGAGAUCUCCGCCGCCAUCUCGAAAUCACUCACGGUACUAUCCCGCUCGAAGAGCGCAAAAUCUACCCGUGCCAUUAUCCAAACUGCGGCCGCAACUUUACAAAAAGAGGCAAUCUGAACGUGCACAUAAAAACUGUUCACGAGGGUGAGAAGCGUUUUAUCUGCGGCGAGACGGAUCUCUCUCGCUCGAAAAAGCUAGAAGGCUGGACCGCGCAGGAUGGCGGAUGCGGAAAAAGGUACGGGAGCAAGCUUGCCCUCGAAGAGCAUGUGCGCACAGCGCAUUUGGGUUUGAAAAAUGCGAAAGCAGAGCGAAGGGAACUCCUUGGCCUUAACGGCUCCAGCAGUAACAGUAGCGGGUACAGUUCCCAUUCACGGCCGAAAGAUAAAUCUAAAAAUCAGAGUAGCCGCCCAGCAGCACCUUCGAAUCUCUCCAUGCUGACUGGUGAAGGCUACGAGGCGGAAUCUGGCCGGCACAUCCCAUGUCUGCUGGAGCAGUGUGCGCAUCGCUUCUAUCGAGACUAUGACUUGUGGCUGCACAUGGCCUCGAAGCACAGUUUGGAGGAAAACGAUAUUCAAAUCCUGUUCAUGCAGCGCGCUAUGCAAGGUGGGGAGCAGAGCUUUGCUCUCGACUUUGAUAGUCUGACGAAGCUUGGGUAUGGAUAUAGGUAUGCUCCCGCUGACGGUGGGAACGGCGAUGAUAUCCGUCCGCAGAAUGCAGGUGUUCAACAAUCAUUAGUUGGUAAAGGACAGAUGUUAGUUCAUGACGAACUUGCGAUGGUGGAUUGUACCAUUGAUACUGGUGUUUCUUCAGCUGAUAAUGGUGGGGAUACUGACAUGGCUUUGAUCGACCCCGUCUUGACAUUUACUCAGGGGCAACAAGCAAAGGAUGGAUGA